AUGGCUGACGCUCCACCUUCUCUUCCGGGUCCUAUGCCCUCAUCUUUUGAUGGCGACCAAGAGUUUCACAAUGAAAGGCCGAUGCAGAAAGUUGUUCGCAAGAUCAAGGAGGAGCCCCUGAUCCCUCUCGGAAUUGGCCUCACGACUCUUGCAUUUGUCAAUGCCUACCGAGCCCUCCGCCGUGGUGAUUCCAAGCAGGCGAACCGCAUGUUCCGAGCCCGAGUUGCAGCCCAGGGAUUCACCGUCUUCGCCAUGCUUGCCGGCAGCAUGUACUACCAGAAGGAUCGCGAGAAGAGCAAGGAGCUCCGCCAGCUUCAGGAACAAAAGGAUGCCGAGGAGAAGCGGCAAAAGUGGAUUCGCGAGUUAGAGAUCCGAGACGAGGAAGAGAAGGCUAUGCGCGCAAAACUCGAGAAGAGGAGACAAGAGGUUCAGGCUAUGCGAGCAGAGGAGGCCCAGGCCACCGCAGCGCCUACCGAAUUGAAGCCCGAGGGCUCCGAGUCAUCUGGCAGUGGAGGUAUCCUGAACCGCAUCGGCCUGUGGCCUCAGGGUAAGAAGGAUGAGGAGAAGGUUGUUGAGCAAGCUGUGGAGGAGGACGCAAACACCAAGCAGAAGAAGAAGAACCCCAAGAGUUCACUCGGCGAUCUUGGCGAGAUCAUCUCCAAAAAGAAGGACUAG